AUGAUAGUGUAACCGUUAAAUUUAUAAUUGAGAGUACACAACAAAUUUUCACAAGAGCCUUCAAUAUUUAUUCGACUGUAUCUAUGCUACGAGAAAGUUUAGCGUCAUUCCUAAAAGUAAACUGUCAGGAAAUAUUGCUGUCCUAUGAUGGAAAACUACUACCUGAAGAAUCAUCACUGCUUAAUGUUGGUGCAGUGCCUUUUAAAUCUUUACAGCUAACCAUCACCGCACCAAGACUUACUGAUGAAAAUUUGCUCUUAGUUCAAAAAAAUUAUGUGCCCAUGGUUGAUAUUAUUACUGUCAAAUUCACUGAUGACUUGGGCCAGGAAAUUGAGAGGACGGUCGAGAUUGAAAACCAAUGUUUAAGUAAGCCAUGGCUAGGUGGCUUUAAGCACACUUUAAAAAAAAAGGAUUAUCAUCAUGCACAGACGCAAACAAAAUGUCUGAAAAAAUUAAAGCAAGAGUAUGCAGAACAGACAGGCACUCCCUUGCUUCAAACAUACUCUCAACAGACGCAAACUCCAUCUUUUCCACUGCGAAAUACAGGUGUUCAGACAGUAACUUCCACUGGCGUCCAAACCUAUCAAAAUGGCAUUUACAUAACUAACCCUUACGAUAAACUGAUAACACCUAAAACAUACCAAACUUACGAGGAAUGGGUUAAUCAAAAUAAAGUCGUUGAAAAGGUUAUAAAAAUUCAACGGUGGGUGCGACGUCAUGAAGUCAGACAAAAAAUAGUCUGGCUCAUGAGGGUAUACAAAUUAAUAGACCAAGAAGAGAGAGAGACAACACAACAAAUAAAGAUAGAGCAACUCGAAGAGGACAAGGUCGAAAUUUCAGAUUCUGCGCGCUCAAAAAGGCGCUACAAUUAUCAAAUCAUUGUUUCAAUGAUAAACGAAUGGUGGAAAAAGGAGAAGCAGCGAAUUACUGAGUCAAAAACAGAAGCACCUCGAAAGGCUGAAAUGUACCAGUUACUGAAAAAAGAGAUCAAUUUGUUGACAGCGCUUCAAAAGAAGCAGAGCGAGAUGCAAAGAGAAAAUAUAGGUAUUACAGACUUGAUGAUUCUAGAUAGGGUUGCAGAACCUGUAAAAUUUAAAAGUAGAACUGGUCAAAUAAUUUACAUAGAUAGUCUAGAAACACAGAGGGCUCGUGAGUUCAUUCAUUUGUAUAAAAAACUGGUCCAUAAAAAACUGACGGUUAGGGACCGUAUCGAAGUUCUAUUAAAGGCAAAAGCUGCUACAACUAAUUCAGAUGAAUAUAAGUUCUCCGAGCAACUACAAAGGUUAAUAGAGCGAGAACUCAGCUUAUUAAGGAUGGGCGCCACAUUUUCUGAAAUUUCAGAACUGCAAAGACGAAUUCAUCAGCUGUUCCUAGACUUCAUCAAAAGGCCAGAAUGCAACCCUGCAAUAGUGAGUAGUGGACUAGAUCAAUUCAACAAUGAUAUGCUUUUCACCUGUAAGCGAUGCUCAAAGUCAUUACCGCUGUAUGAAUUCUCAGCAGAUUCACGGAAAAAUAAAUUGGACAUUUGCAACAAAUGCCUGAGGAUUGAAAAUGUUGCAACUACGCGAAUUGACUUCACACCCUAUGAGCGAAUGCUGAAACUUAUUCGAGAUGAUGAGAUAAGAAGACGGUGUUACUCUUCAACAUGUUUCAUCCUGCAGCCGUACGGCAUUUAUUUUAUAGUCAAUGUUAUCUGGUACGGAGAGUCAGCUCUGAGCGAAUCAGACUAUCUUCCUGACUUGCGGUUGGUGCGCUGGGAGGUGAAUAAAGUCUGGUCACCAUGGAACUGCAUUUUGCUGACUAGAGAGGAGGCUCCUGUUCACUUGAGGAUUUCGGAUAUUCACAAGGUUUACAACCCCAAUUUCAUCCAGAAAAUUCGCUUGAAACAUUACACAACUAAAUGUAAUUUCAAGAUGCUUUUGAAAUCUGAUGUAAAGAUUAAUAACAACAGUUUGUGGCAGAGCAUAAAAGACAGUGGCGAACUAAUAAACUCCAGCGCAAUGAAUAGAUUCAUUGAGAAAAGUAAUAGUGUGGACACAACUGUAGCUAAUUUUGAGAGCAUGAUCCAGAGUUAUUCCUUGCAAGAGGAAUGAACUGUGAACUGAUGCUAGAUGGACAGCUCUAGUAUUUUAAAUAUGUGCGCAAUUAGCUCACUUUUUGAGAGCCUCUUUUAUUUCCAUUGAUUUUUUUCUUUGAAAACUUAUCAAGUUGAAAGAUUAACGUUACAUUAAUUUC